AUGACAAGCACACAACGACCGCCUCACAUGUAUCCCGGCUCAGCAAUCCGAUUUCGAGACCCCUUCGUCGUCUCCAAAGACCUCACGCCGCCGAAGCUCACCUCUGCCAGCCACGAUCCUGCCCGCACAUACUGGUAUUCCAACUCUCGCUGCAAGGACGUGAACCGAGCGCUCACGCCUCCGCCUGAGAUGAGCGGUGUUCAGCAGCAGCAGCAGCAGCAGCAGCCGCAGCCGAGCAGAUACGCAAACGACCAUGGCUACCGACACGCGGAGCACAUUCCUGCUCAGCAAUCAUACGGAGCUCAUGGAGCUUCAUACCAACCCCAAGAUGUCAUCACCAACCACAUUUCCAGCCGCCAGGUCACCACCACUCAGUCCAAUGGCCGGGCAUCACCCGUACGGCAGGUGCUAGCAGAGACAAGCGGUGACGCACUGGCACAUGGGAGACCGUCCCAGGCAAACGCAAUUGCGGCCAACUUCCAGGUACCGAGGUCAGUGAACGACAGUGGUGGGAGCCUGGCGGAGCUCGCAGCUCAGGUGAGUAGCCUUGCUUGGCAUACAUCGUAGGUUCUCGAUUGACCAGAACGCAGAUCACCUGUCUUUUUUGGUUCGAAUCUUCAGAUCUCCUGCAGCAGGUGGAAGACGCCACGAUCCCUCUCCAGCCUCUCAAGCAGCUCGUAGCAGACGCCAAGCCGACCACCGGUUUCCGCAAAUGGGUGACGACUAUUCUCUCAACGACCAUGGUUGCACAGAACGUGGUGGUCCUGGCUUUGCUAUUCAUCUACAGACUGAAAAAGCUGAAUCCGACGGUAAAAGGCAAGCCUGGGAGCGAGUAUCGGUUGCUCACGGUGGCUUUGAUGUUGGGCAACAAGUUCCUGGACGACAAUACAUACACGAACAAGACGUGGGCUGAAGUGUCGGGAAUCAACGUUGCGGAGGUACACAUCAUGGAGGUGGAGUUUUUGAGCAACAUGAAGUAUUGCUUGUUCACUUGCGAGCAGGACUGGGCGAGGUGGCAGUCACUGCUGGGCAAAUUCGCGGCUUUCUUCGAGAAGGCUUCCAGGCCACAGCCGCCCGCACCCAUCCUACCACCAGCAUCGUCCCUCCACCUGCCGAUGGCCCUCCCUUCACCACCCGCCUCUAACCAGGCCUCGCCUCCGUACUCUGGAGAGUUCCCACCACACGCAGCAGCAUACAGCAAUGCUAGCCAGCUCGGCCCUACUCCUGCACCAUCUCCACUCGGCAAUCUGUACGACGCUGCGAAUGGCGUCCAUGCAGGCUCGAGGAAGCGAAGUCGUGAUGAGCAUCAUACCACAGAGCCCCCGCCUAAGAGACUUGCGAGUGCUUAUCAGAAUUAUACGUCACCGCAGCGCUACUCAACCAUGCCUGCGCAGGCAGGCCCAGGCCAGCCAGUACCACGCCUGACUCUACCUAGCCUGUCAAUCCCGACAUCUCAGGCAUCAUCUGCUGCAUACCCUCCAACGGGAAGCCAAGGCCAACAGCUGCCUCCCCUACAACUUCCCGCACGGUCAGUGGGCAUGGCCUACCAUUCGAGCAGCUCGCAGCCACCGAUUCCUCAUACGACCGCAUCGGCGAAUGCUUCGAUGCAACCUCAAUCUCAGCCACAGUCGCAGUACGCCUCCCGGCACCCCAGCCCGUACGGAGGGUCUGGGCAAGUGUCUCCAUCCAGUGCCCUUCCACAAUCAGCAACUGUGCUCCAUCCGACGGACCAAGUGUCACCGACAUACUUCUUGCAGCAGCGAACUUCGCCGUACCGCCCGGUUCACAAUGUGUCGACGUUGCUCUACCCACCACCCUCAUCUGCGACGUCCAGCCGACCACCAAACGUCGAAUUGAACCAGAUGCAGUAUCAACCACUUGGCAAACCUGUUCAACACACCGGUCGACUUCCCUACGUCCGACAGAAUGUUUGGCUGGACGGGAACCAACCCCAGGAGAUGACACCGAUCCACCAGUGGCCUGGUUUUCCGAGCGGUCCGCCACCAUCGCAACAUUUGCACCCGGUGCUCCCGCAGCAGUGA